AUGGCUGAAGUGAAAGCAGAAACACUUCAACUAGAAUUAGACCAAGCAAAAGAGUGUAUUGAGAAAUUAACAGUAGAUUUAGAACUCUUAAAGGCUGUGUUUGAGAAAGGAAAUGUAUGUGAAGAGGGGGGAGAUGGUGCCAAUUCUUUCAAAGUUAAGCAACUUGAACAACAAAAUUUACGUCUUAGAGAUACACUUUUCAGAUUACGAGACUUAUCCGCCCACGAGAAACAUCAAACACAAAACUUACAAAGAGAAAUUUACAAAAGUCUAAUGAAGAACUAA